AUGUUACGUACUGAUCAUGUAACUGAAUGUGCCAUUGAAUUAACAUCAAUUGAAAAUGAACUUGAACAAUUAGUACAAAGAAUGCGUCUUGGUGCAAUAUCUCAACAAAAUAGUAAUGUUUCAUUAACACCAUCUAGUCUCACAACAUCGAUACAUAGUGAUCAACAAAAUUUAUCUAUGAAUAAAACUGAUAAAUUAAAAGAUUUAAUGGAACGAUGUAAAAAAUUAAUUAAUAUUAUUCUUGUUCUUGAUGAUUUUGUUGCUAUUGAUGAUAAUAUAACGAAAUAUAUUGAAAGUAAUUUAUCAUUUUUAAAUUCUGGAAAAAUUUCAUCAAAUGAUAAUCAAUUAUAUAAACAAUAUUCUAAUUUACUUGAAAAUCUCACACAUAUUGUGAAUGAUCUUCGACAACAAUUACCAGCUAGUGUGAAUUUUUAA